AUGUUGAUAAUUCUCUUCAUCACGCUCUGCCUCGUAACGCCUUUUUACGUCAUCUACAAACCGCCAACAUUGUUGAUUCGAUACUUUCAAGCCCGCUGGCCGGACGUCCUAUGGCACGUGCCGACACAAGAGAAAGUCAUCGCAUUGACAAUUGACGAUGCGCCGUCAGAGUAUUCAACAGAAAUUCUAGAUGUGCUGAAAGAGAAUGAUGCAAGUGCGACUUUCUUCGUGAUUGGGGGGCAGGUCCGUGGAAGGGAAGAAGCACUGAAAGAGUUGGUCAAGGCUGGAAAUGAACUGGGGAACCAUGCAAUGCACGAUGAGCCGUCACGGUCGUUGUCCCCGGCUGAACUCGUUUCGCAAAUUCGCCAAGUCGAGGGCUACAUAAAUGGCACUUAUAAUGCCCUCGAUCUUCCCCAUCCACCGCGCUACUUUCGCCCUGGAUCCGGGUUCUUCAGCUCGAGGAUGCGCCAGCAGGCUAAAGAGCUGGAGUAUCGACUUGUGUUAGGGAGUAUAUAUCCCCACGACCCGCAGAUUGCAUAUCCCAAUGUGAAUGCACGGCAUAUUCUGAGUAUGGUGCGGCCGGGUGGGAUUAUCAUUUGUCAUGAUCGAAGGGGAUGGACGGCGCCGAUGCUGAGGAAGGUUUUGCCGGAGUUAAAGAGGAGGGGGUACAGGAUCACGACGGUGACGGGGUUGCUGGAGGCAGCGGUACGAGAUGACCGAUGGGGAAAGGAGAUUUGA